AUGGUUCCGUUCGGCUUCGUUUUUAUUCCCCGGUUCUUCCAAGGCUUCGUGGCCUGCACUGGGUGCUAUUAUCGCCGAAUGGGCAACUCUCCGAGAGUCUGGCAUUUCUGUGGCCUGGACUUCAGCCUAUCUUCAACUGGCCCAGAUCUUCACAUGCCUGUGAGUUAUGCAAAAGUGAAUGGAGUUGGCCGUCGUUGUACCACUUCUGAUGGUUCUUUGGAGAUUCUCCGACCAUCCAUCGGUAAAAUUAGUUGCCGCAAAUUUGAUGACAUUACUUUAGACAUUUCAUUGAAAAAGAGCUGGAAACUCUGCGGAAAAACAAAUUAGUUCUGAUUGGAGCUGACAAUGACAAUCAAAAGGUCCCAUAUAAGGAGAUUUUUUAAAGUUAAAACCGACCGGUUAUUGGAAUCCCGUUAUCAUUGUUUGGGAGAAUCUUUGUGUUUCCAGUUCUUUUAUCAGUAUGGUCCGGUCUAUUUAAAUCAGGUAAAAUUUGGCCAAUGUAUUAUCAGAAAACCCUGUCGUCUGAUAUAUUUCCAGAUCAAGAUCAACAUCCAGCCGAGGAAGCGCCUCAGCAGCUCCCGGAAUGGAACAGUGAGCAGUUUUAA